AACUCUCUGUUUAUAUACUUAGCUAGCCCUCCCUCCUUCUCAUUCCCCCAUACGUUAAAACUUUUUUAGGUUUUUUUAUAAUUCCGGCGAGGUCUCUCUGCUUCUCUCUAUCCUCGUUCUCCUUCGACUCCAUAUCGUGCUUCAUCCUUCAGGGUAGAAGGAACAGUUCGUUUGGCUAAGCCCGGUUUCGUGAAUAUAUAAAGAAAGAUGUUUGGUUCUUCUAAUCCUUUUGGACAGUCAUCUAACAACAAUCCAUUUGGGACCCAAACUCAAUCUUUGUUUGGGCAGACCAAUAACCCGAGCAAUAAUCCUUUUGCUGUGAAGCCUUUUGGUAAUUCUACUCCUUUUGGCGCACAGACAGGGAGUUCCAUGUUUGGGGGCACUUCAACCGGCGUGUUUGGUGCACCUCAAACUUCUUCUUCCCCUUUUGGUGCUUCAUCACAAGCGUUUGGGAGCUCUACUCCGGCUUUUGGAGCAUCUUCUGCUCCUGCAUUUGGUAGUUCAACUUCACCUUUUGGUGGCACUUCUACGUUUGGUCAAAAGUCUUUUGGCCUCUCAACGCCUCAGUCAAGUCCUUUCGGAAGCACCCCACAGCAAUCACAGCCUGCCUUUGGAAACAGCUCUUUUGGUUCAUCUUCACCUUUUGGUGCCUCUAGCACGCCUGCCUUUGGUGCCUCUAGCACGCCUGCCUUUGGUGCCUCUAGCACUCCUGCCUUUGGUGCCUCUAGCACGCCUGCCUUUGGUGCCUCAAACACUUCCGCAUUUGGCGCCUCAAACACUUCCGCGUUUGGAGCCACAGGCACACCUGGGUUUGGCGCAUCAAGCACUCCUGCCUUUGGUGCAUCAAGCACUCCUGCGUUUGGUGCAUCAAGUACCCCAUCUUUUAGUUUUGGCUCUUCCCCAUCCUUUGGACAGUCUACCUCAGCAUUUGGUAGCAGUGCCUUUAGCUCUACACAAUCUCCCUUUGGAGCCCAAGGUGCACAGGCUUCGACCCCAAUAUUUGGGGGUCAAACAACUAGCGGGGGUCAACAAGGGGGUAGUAGGGUCAUGCCUUAUGCACCUACAACUGAGGUAGAGUCAGGCACUGGUAGUAACCCUGGGAGGCUACAAUCUAUAUCUGCCAUGCCUGUAUACAAAGAAAAAAACCAGGAGGAGCUUAGGUGGGAGGACUACCAGCGAGGAGAUAAAGGUGGACAACGUCCUCCUGGUCAAUCUCCUGGAGGUGCUGGAUUCGGUGUAACAACUUCUCAGCCAAGUGUAUUCUCUCCUUCACCAACGUUUGGCCAGACAUCUACAAAUCCAACAAACCCUUUUGCACAGAAGACUUUAACAACUACCCCAAAUUUUCCCUCUCCCUUUGGUCAACCCACUACCCCCACCUUUGGUCAACCCACUACCCCAUCCUUUGGUCAACCCACUACCCCAUCCUUUGGUCAACCCACUAGCCCAUCCAUGUUUGGGUCAACUGCAUCAAAUGCCACAUCCGUUUUUGGAUCAUCCCCUAGUUUUGCAACAAGCACACAGCAGCCAUUUGGUUCAGCCCCUGCACAUGGGUCAAAUUCAGCAUUUAGCAUGGGUGGAAAUAAUAACAACAGUCAGUCAUCUCCGCUGUUCGGUUCAAACCCUUUAUUUGGACAGAGUACUACUCCUACAUUUCAACAGACUAGUUCUGCGUUUGGACUGAAUACCACUCCUACAUUUCAACAGACUAGUUCUGUGAAUGGACAGAAUACCAAUCCUGCAAAUGGACAGAGUAACAUUUUCAGUACACCUUCCACUGGCUCCGCAAAUCUGUUUUCAAGCUCUUUCACUACAAGCAUCUCUCCCUAUGGUCAAACAACGCCUGCUCUUUCGACACCUUACCAAUCAGUUCAGCCAACUCAACCAUCAGGUGCUUUUAGUUUCAACAACUUUGCUCAAACCCAAACAGCUUAUACAUCUGGCGUUACAGGUGGAACGGGAAAUUUGAGCCAAAGCAACUUUAAGCAAGUGCCUGCGUUCGGUAACUCUGCUAUUAUGCAACCAACUCCUGUUACAAACCCAUUUGGAACGCUUCCUGCUUUGCCUCAGGUUUCAAUUGGUCAUGGUAGGAAUUCACCUUCCAUUCAGUAUGGAAUCUCCAGCAUGCCUGUCGUUGAUAAGCCUGCUCAUGUAAGAGUAUCUCCACUCCUGACUUCUCGACACCUUUUACAAAGGCGGGUCAGGCUACCUACAAGGAAGUACCGUCCUGGUGAUGAUGGUCCAAAGGUUCCAUUCUUCAGCGAUGAAGAGAAUUCCAGUACACCAAAGGCUGAUGCCCUUUUCAUUCCAAGGGAAAACCCUAGAGCUUUAUUUAUACGCCCAGUUGAAAGGGUAAAAUCAGAACAUCGAAAGGAUGGCCCGGCCCCACUGCAGGAGAAUGGUAAUAAGUCAAAUGGGGUUACUAAUGGGGCCAACCAUGAGAAUAAGAAUAACGGUGAAACUUGUGAGGCUCCUCCGGUUAAAGCCAAUCAGAAACCGAACGGAACACAUGAAAAUCACGGAGGCGACAAAAACGGUUCACACAGUUCACCAAGCGGAACAGAUAUCGAGACAUUGAUGCCGAAGCUGCACCACGCUGAAUAUUUCACAGAGCCUCGGAUCCAAGAACUGGCUACAAAAGAAAGGGUUGAUCCGGGUCAUUGCAAGCGGGUAAAGGACUUUGUUGUUGGGAGACACGGUUACGGGAGUAUAAAGUUUCUGGGAGAGACGGAUGUGUGUAAACUCGACCUGGAAAUGGUGGUUCAGUUCAAAAACCGAGAAGUGAAUGUGUACAUGGACGAGAGCAAGAAACCUCCUGUGGGUCAAGGACUGAAUAAGCCCGCCGUUGUAACUUUGCUGAACAUAAAAUGUAUGGACAAGAAGACCGGUACGCAAGUGAAGGAAGGCGCGAGAUUGGACAAGUACAAGGAAAUGCUGAAGAGGAAAGCUGAGGAACAGGGAGCUAAGUUUGUGUCCUAUGAUGCUGUGAAAGGCGAGUGGACGUUCAAGGUGGAGCAUUUCAGUUCCUACAAGCUUGGAGAAGAAGAUGAUAUGUAGAAAGAUCAUUGUGUAGACUAGUGUCCUGUUUUUUUAUUUUACUUUUUUGGGGUUUGUCUAUUGGUCUGUUUUUGCAAUAUAUAAUGUCAAAAAUGACAUGUCUUUUGCUCUUA